AGGAGUGCGGAAAGCAAAAAAUUACUUUCAUUCUAUUUCGUGAAAAAGCAAAUUUACGACUCUAAUUGAAACCGCCCCACCCUACUCCUGAUAAUUAGAACUGACCAUACACUUCACGUUAUCAAGAAGCGGAGGAAGUAAGAAACCAUGUGGAUGGCAAUGUACGGAUGUAAAAUGUGGGUCGACAGGUGGAAAGUGGCUGCCUCCCAUUGACGGGUAAUAUCUUCUCCAGUUACAAUCGUGCAGCGAACAAGUGCAGCUUAAUUGUUUGUAAUAGUGUCUUGGUACAUCUUGGUGAUCAAUUACUAACAUGAUCUUUUUCAAGAUACUGCCGGUGUUUGUCGCAUUUUUGGAAUUGAACGCCCUCGAAAAUGACAAACCCGCGCCGACCAUCGCACGGACGGAGAUACGGGUGGCGAAGAACUUGAACCCGGACGACACGCAAACCCUGAACGUAAUGACGAGGGAUGGCAGUGUGGCGCAGCUGAUAGUGAAAAGACGGGACGGUAAAUCAAAAUUGGGCUCUUCGCGAAAUGCGAAACCCUCGCAGACCAAGGAAGAGGGAAACGUCUACGCGAAUUGGAGUAACGGUCAACCUGUCUUCUUGCAACCCCAUGGUAUGCGUUUGGAAAACUUGGCCGUGGUGAAGAAUGCUAGUGACGAUAAGCCAGGAAGUAUCAUUAGCAGCAACAGACUGCCGUUUAUACCAAAACCAGUCAACGUACGGUCCCGUGACGUAUUUGUGAAGCCACCUAAUGAUAAGACAAAGAAAGCGCGCUCUAUUUUUGAAAUUGAUUCCUACGGCAUUCCUGUGGUUCACGGCGUCCGAGUCCCCGAUGACGAAAGUGAUGAGAAAGUAUGGCGAAAUGCUAGAGUGAUUAACGGCGAAUUGGUCCCUUACGAGAAGGGUUACAAACCACCACCGGCCGUGCCGAUUGGCGAAUUAGUCUACGCCAGCAAAACACUAAAGGAUACCCAAACCGAAAAGGGAAUGGGACCGUACACCACGGAGGACAAUUAUCAAGAAUCGGACGAUGGUAGUGCAUCAUUUGGGCCGUUCAGUGUGAAGGAUAAUAAGGAAUUUGAGAAAGUCGGCAACUCCGGGUUAAUCAAGUUUAGUAGCAGCGAGGGAUUAGGUCCUUACACCGUGGCAGAUAACUCGAAGAGACUGAUCGAUUACAUAAAGGAAAUUAACGCAAAAGAAGCUAAACGAGAUUAUUUCACAAGAAGGAAGUUGCGAUCGUACGACUCCGCAGAGUAUCAGCCACAGCUUCAGAGACGUAUGCUCGAAUACGCCGGCUCGCCUUCAUACCCAAAUUCGGUACUUUACAGUUCACCCAACACUAAAUUGAGUCACGUUAACUUCAACGAAGGUGUGCGUACACCAAUUUUACAAUACGCCCAUCCGGAACUCGGUGUACAACCGGCCAAAGCAAGUAGGGAUGAGGAAGAAACAGCUGAAGAUAAUGACAUUGCCCGAUCUCCCUUUCUUAAGGGCGAGAGUUUCGAAUCUGGUGGAAGGUACUCACAGUCGCCAUACUAUACUUCCAAUAUCAACAGCAUUGAUUAUUACAAAAAUUAUCCUUACAACGGAUACUAUCUCAAACCCAAAGUCCAGCAACCGUUUUGGAUGCGACUAACCGAAAGUAUUAAGGAUAACGUGCAGAACGGUUUCGAAAGGAUGCAACAACUGACUCGUCCUGUCUUUGAUCCGAUUGUGGAGGCGACGCACAAAAUCACCCACAACCUAGGCCUAUCCCAUUCUCCCUUACGCGCCCACGACAAAGUCGGGGUUAUUACACCAAUGGGCGGCUCCAUUAUCCUCCCAGCGUUAGGUCUUGUCGCCGGUGGUGCGGCCUUAGGCUUAGGCGCGGCGGCUGUCGGGCGAUUUUUACAACCGGAAAUGAGAGCGUUAGGCUAUCCCAACGAUAUCCUGGUUAUAAUGGAAGAGCACAACAAUCAAGGUGAACAGAGUUCGAGGUUGAAGAGGAGUUUGGACGCGUUCGACGAACAGUACUUGCAAGACGUCACGAAUGGCAAAGUGAAUGGCAAAGAUUUGGAACAGUUGACAUCGCCUCAUCUAUGGGCGGAUACUCCGUGCUCGAAAAAACUUUUCUGCGAAGUUAUGGUUAGGCAAAAUGCUGACGACGUGCUUGUGAUGGAGAAAAGAAUGGACUCGCUGCUCUCUAUAGUGCACCCCAGCAUCGUCCAAAGCGUGUCCUACCAUUUAGAAGACGUUAUGAGCGCUGUCAAGAAUAGAAACUGUAAUAAAUUCGUUUGUAAUAGGAGGAUACCAUUACCAUUAUCGUAAUUAAUUGAUAUUAGUAUUCUACUUAAUUUUAACUUUUACUUAACCCGUUACAUUUUAAAGUUUCAAUUUAUUACUACAAUCACAGUAGUAUACUUUUACAAAGUAACCUAAUGUAAGUUCGAAAUUUAUUUAUUAACGGAUUUAGUUUAUUGUUUUGAUGCCAAAAUACCUAUUUAAAUUAAUUUAUUAAGUAAG